GAGAUACAUUACCACAUGGCCUUUCUACAAUUUACUAUGACCUUAUUGACGAAUUAUCGAAUUAUGCAACGAAAUUCACAUGACCCUGUAUUAUACUGUGCAAUUAGAGCUCCAUGCACAAUUGAAUUUAGUAGGUGACGAUGCGUUUGCUCUUUACGCUAAGCAAAUAAUGCAAAAGAAAAUAUGAUUAUAAAAUAAUUUUUGGAGUACACGAAGCAGGAAAUUGCUGUUAACUGCAAAAAGGUUGAACUAAUGGUAUUGAAUUGUUGACAAGUUGACAAAUGGGCCUAAUACAGUUGAAUGCAGCUAGUCGCGGCGUCCAGUCGCAUCGGUGCGUUUACGUUGAAAAUAACGCGUUUAAACGGAAUUCGAUUUCAUUCUCUGUUGUAUAGAUGGUUGUACAGCUGCUUUCUUUAUUUCAACGAGCGUUUUUUUAAAUUGUAUUGGCCAACAUGCUGUGGAACGAUUUGUGCUAUAAACUUUACUUUUGGCCUUUUCUGAAUUAUCUGGCGGGCAUCAAAGGAAUUUGUCCAUUUUAUCCAGUGACUACAACCACAACGACAACGACAACCGCAGCCACAACUACAACUACCACUACAGCCGCCACUACACUGCCUACAUUUCCAACACCACCAACGUUCCCAUCAACGUCCGCAUCAACGAUCACAACACUCAUGCCAUGUCCGGCUCAGCCGCUGGCGUGUUUAAAUGGCGGCACACCACCGAUACCCUACUGUCCAUGCAUUGACCCAAGGCAAAGUGGUAUGAUGAAUGGAAUGGGCUCAACUCCGCCGAUGCCGUCUUUGGCGCUGCGCGGUGGCGCAGCCUUAUCGUCCGACCGUCUAGUUUUCAUGCCAGUUAAUGCACAACAGAAUGUUGCACAGGGUUUACAACAACAGCCAAGUGGUAGUGCCAACGUUUUUAAUUUCCCUUUGGGCCCACGAAAUGGCGUACAGCCCAGCGCAGCGCCCAAUCCAUCGGAAACUUUGGUUUUUAGCUCGCUUAGUGGACGCCGGCGCAGGAAGCGGCGAAAGUGAAAUGUGUAUUGCAUGACAUCACUAAAUUCGUUAAUAUUUUUGAAUUUCUAUAAUGAAAAAAAUCAAUACUUAGUAGAAAGUAGAAUAUAGAUUGAAUAUUUUUUACAAAUUCAUAUAUAAAAUAUGCUAAUAGCCAAGGGAUAUGAAACUGCACUGCAUCUAUUUAAUCCUUUUGUGAAGUAAUACGAGUAUAUCGUAGCUUAUUAGAUUUGGGGAAAAUAAUCAUAAUAAAAAUUUAUCAAAAUAUGGAAAAAUCUAAAAUAAUUUUAUACAACUAUAAAUAUAUCCUUUAAAAAAUAAG